AUUGUUCAAUGGUCGAGAUCACCAAAUCAUGCGCCCUAAUUGCGAGAAUUAAAAACGCUUAAAGUGCAAAAUGCGAGCCACCUGUCUCGUAUAAUUCAUCUCUUGGUGUGAAUUCAAACGGAAGCUCAAAAGAGUCUGGAUCCGAAAGUCAAGAAGACGUUCUUCGAAGAAGAAGAAACGAAGCUGCAGAGAUCCCUCUUGGAAGCUUCACUCGAUCACUCUCUCUUUCAUAUCCUUUCGUAUCCUGCCUUCCUGGGUGUCUCUUGACUUCUCAUUUCGACGCAUUUCCUUCAAAAUCUCGUGAAUUUCGAUUUGUUUUUGGUCGAAAUUUUCGUCUCCAAUGGAUUCGUCUGAACUGUGAAAAGUUAAGGUUCACAGCAUAUAUAAUCAGCUUGUUGUGGGAUCAUUUCAAAUGAUAGAAGAGGCGUGACGUUAAACUUCGUGUUCUGCGUCGCUUUAGUCAUCUUGUUCAUUAUGGAUGCACAAGUGCUUGCUGUUGCAAAGAGCAUUGUGAAAGCCUUAGAAACAAGUACCAACCCCACCGAAGAUCUGGUAAGACUUCUCCCGGAAUUGAAAAUCUGCUUAGCUAGGAAGUCUGAAAUACUAGAAAAGAAAUCAAGAGUAAGUGAGAUAGAAGAACAGCUCAACUCUGUGCUGGUGAAGGUUGAGAAUUGGGAUUGCGAUCUGUCAAUGAUGUGGAACCGUGGUCCUAAUAAGCAUCUUGAGGCCAUUAAUGAAAUUCAAUGUCUGACAGAAAGCUUGGAGAGUUUAUCUUUGAAAGAAGAUGGAGAAAAGGAUGAUGAUCGAAAAAAGGAUGAGCUUCUACAAUUUGCCCGCAGCAUUCUUCAGAUGGUAAUGUCAUCGCUUGAGGAAGAAUUUAGCAAAAUUCUUGUUGAGAACAGGCAACCCGUGGAGCUCGAAGGCAUGUCUGUUUGUUGGAGCCAAUAUGGCUUGUCAUUUGUGAUUUCGACAAGUUCAGUGCAUGAUGAUUCAUCUGAGGACACCCAAGCAAGGCUUCAGGGAGAUAAUAGCAAUGACUCAGAGGAUUUCAUUGUUGAUUUGAUCUAUCCGGCCAUACUUGCAGACCUGAAAUGCAUAGCAGAAGUUAUGUUCAUAUCGAACUACAACCAAGAAUGUUGCCAAGCUUACAUUAGCAACCGAAAAGAUGCCUUGGAGGAUAUCUUGUUUUUUCUUGAAGUUGAAAGACCAAAUAUCGAGGAAGUUCUGCAGAUGGAGUGGAGUUUCUUAAAUUCCAAGAUAAAAAAAUGGAUCUGUGGGAUGAAGAUUUUUGUUCGUGUCUAUCUUGCCAGUGAGAAAAGGCUUAGUGACAAAAUCUUUGGAGCAUUUGGAUCAGUUAGCCAGAGUUGUUUCAUUGAUUCUUCAAAGGGCUUGAUGUUGCAGCUGCUAAGUUUCAGUCAAGCGAUCACGAUCAGUCCCCACUCACCCAAAAAGAUUUUCCGCCUACUCGACAUGUAUGAUGGGUUGGCAGAUCUUCUCCCCAAUAUAGAUGCUUUGUUCUCAGAAGAGGCUGGUUCUUCCGUGAGAACUGAAUCCCAUGAAGUUCUGAGUAGAUUGGGUGACUCCGUGAGGAGGACUUUUCUUGAAUUCUGGAAUGCUCUUAGAAGGAAUGAGUCUACAACCCCAUAUGCCGGAGGUGGGAUCCAUCAUCUGACAAUGUAUGUGAUGAAUUACAUACAGGCCCUUACAGAUUAUGGUGAUACCCUGAAUUUUCUUCUUGAAGAAAAUGGUGAGGACUGUUCAUGGUGGUUAUCCAACAUGAAUGUGAUUAUUCAAGAAGAUGAUGAGUGGAGGUCUACUCAAAAUCUUUCCCCGAUCGCUCGAUAUCUUCAGUUGGUUAUAUCGAUCCUCGAAUCCAACCUUGAGCAUAAGUCCAUGCUGUAUAAAGAUAUUUCUCUGAAGCACUUCUUCCUGAUGAACAACAUCUGCUACAUGACGCAGAAAGCUAAGGACUCUGACCUUGGAGCUCUUCUUGGAGACAACUGGAUGCGGAACCAAAACGGGAAAGUUCAACAGCAUGCGAUGAAUUACGAAAGAGCUUCUUGGAACCCAAUCCUCUCUUUCUUGAGAGAGGAGGGGAUUUGCAAUCUGAGGUCAGGUUCAGUCUCCAAGGCAGUCCUCAAGAAGAGGUUCCAGGGCUUUAAUCUCGCUCUUGAAGAGAUCUACAAGACCCAGACAGCAUGGUUGGUUUCCAAUCUCGAUCUCCGAGACGAUCUACAGAUUUCAAUCUCAUUGAAAGUCGUUCAAGCAUAUCAGACGUUCAUGGGGCGGUAUUCCAAUCAUCUGGUUGAUGAGAGGCAUGGCAACCGGUACAUCAAGUACAGCAUAGAGGAUUUGCAGCAAUUUCUAUUGGAUCUCUUCGAGGGGUCACCAAUAUCAUUGCACAAAUCUGACAGAAGAUGAAACUCCAUCUCCUAGUGAUUUCAUUCUCUUUGAUUUUCAUGAGCUAUUUAUGCUCAAGAACCUGUACAUGAAAGGGAUGCUUUUUGUAUAGCCAUGAGAAGGUUGGCUAUUGUUGUUAAUAUGGCAUUUUCAAUCCUGUAAAUCUUGAAUAAUCAUAUCCAAUGCAGUUUGUGUAUGGCAAUUUGAAUUUUCAUAUUGUUUACUUGUAGA